CACAAGCCGGAAGUGGCUGUUGGUGAUAUUCUGAUUGACAGCGAUCAGGCAAGUCCAGAGAGUUUAAAAAGCCGUUAAAGUGGCGGUUUCUUCAGUCGGAAGAAUGGCCCGUGUCUUUGUCUAUGGAACCCUUAAGAAAGGGCAGCCGAACUACUAUAACAUGACAGACAGGACUCAUGGGACAGCAAAGUUCCAGGGCAGAGGACUCACAAUGGAGAAAUACCCCCUGGUGAUUGCAGGGAAAUACAACAUUCCCUUUUUGCUGAACAUCCCAGGAAGGGGGCACCGAAUCACAGGAGAGAUUUAUUUUGUCGAUGACCAGAUGUUGCAAUUCCUCGAUGAAUUUGAAGACUGCCCAAACAUGUAUCAGCGUACUCCAAUGAGAAUUGAAAUAGUUGAGUGGGAAGGUACAAGCAACACACCUGAAGAGAGGCCAGCUGUUAACAGCAUUCUGGAAUGCUAUGCAUACAGCACUACAAUUUACCAGCCUGACUGGAUAAAUCUCCCUUACUAUGACAACUACGAUUCCUUUGGGAAACAUGGACUUCUGUACGUACUAAGGGAAAGCAGGGGAGAUAAAAAUCAAUGAUUUUAAAAGCAAGCGGAUUUUUUUUUGAUAAAAAAGUUUUAAUUAAGAUACAUUAUAGUUUAAAGGUGGCUCAUCUUACAAUAGGGAUUGUAAAGUUUAAUUCUGUAGCAGGAGACAAUGUAUUCGUAACAUUUGUGGCAAGUUUUGUAAAUAAGUUUAAAACUGGAAAAUAAGUUGCUUUUAUUGAUCAGAAACAGGGAAUAAGAUAUGUAGAGCUUUUUAGUGAAAGAAAGCACUAACGGGCAGGAUGUAAACUUCCACCAUCAGAUGCUAGUGGAGGAGGACCUCCUUGCCACCCCAGUUCUAUUGCAGCCUACUGUGCCCCACACAAAAUUCUGCUCCUGGGGGCGGGCAGAGACCCUUACGAACAGUGGGAGGGGCACAGUGAGUUCUGGACAGGGAGAGGGGAGACCAGCAGAAACUUCUCUUCUGCCAAGAGUAGUGCCAGUGUAGGCUGGCAGAGGCAGCCAUUUGGACCGAACCCAUAGAUUCUGACCAGGAAAUGGUUGAUUUUAAAUAAGUAUACUGAGGCUUGCAAACUUUUACUUGCUUAAUCAAGUAGGAUAAAUAAUAGACAAGGUGUAAACCAAGAACUACAGUUAAGACAACUGCAUCAAUAUUUUUCUUUUUAGUAGAAAGGAAAUCCUGCUGUAUUUGGCAGUUUACUGGCAGGGAGGGGAGAUCACUGCUCAAGCUCAGUGCAAACUUUUUUCAUUACCGCACGACAUUUACAUAAGCCACAAAACGGUCCUUGGAAGAAACCCUUUAAUCAAGUGCUGAGAUGUGAAUGAGUUCAUGAAAGGAACUGAGCCACCAACAAAGAUGUGUUCAGUAAGCUCCAGAAGUCCAAGCCUUUGGGUUUCAGUACCUGACAGUGAGCCAGGAGGCUGGGCAGCAUUACCCACGGACCGGCCAUUCAUGCCAUGGCAUUGUUCUGGUGUGGAGUGAUGAGCAUUGCUCCAGAAAUGCAAACAGGGUUGAUGUGCUGCCAAGGAAUUCAGUCACCACAGAAGCUACAGCAACAACAGAGAAGUGGGCAGAGAGAGCAGGAGAGCCUGUUUACAUGCCUGUUACUCAAGCAGUGUUUCUGCUAUCAUGCGGCCAACUUACUACUUCCUUCACUGGCUCUUUUCCAGGCCAGAUCAGGGUCCUUUACCACUAUGUGUUUUAGUAUAGUAUAGUUUUAGUAUAGUUUACAUACCCUACUUAAUAAGUGUGCUUCAGUUGCAUGAUUAAUCCUAGAUUACAUUGCAUUACUUUGCAAAAUCUACAUUGAUUAUGAUGGUUAUUACUGAUUGCUGGGAGGCAGCAUUUUGAAUCAGCCAUAUGUCUUAGCACCCUCAUUUGUCUUAGAAGUCAGCAGUUCUGAACAUACACAGGGGUGAGAAGGUAGAGAUUGGGCCGCCGGCUACUGCUGAACCAAACGCUCCACACCCUUUGAAGGAAAACAUUUUUUUCUGUGUUUUAAAAAAUGUAGGCUUCAAGAGAUCCUUUACAAUACCCGUCAAGCACAGAAGGAGCCAUAGUUCAUAAUGAGUACAUGGAACCACUUGUCCUUGUGACAUGGUGCUAUUUUUAUGAACUGGAUACAUUUUAUGUUUGUACACAUGCAGUUGCUUUGUCACAGGUCUGAUUUAUCAUUCCUUUUGUAUUUGCUCAUCUUCCUUGACUCUGUACUUUAACGUCCAAGUUUUUAGACAAGUAUUUUAGUUGUAUUUUGCAUUAAUUGUAUUUUGGUAGCAAUAAAUGCUAAAACCCAGAAUUUAUUAACACUGAGUUGGCUUCAAGAAUUCCUUUAUAUUAGCCAAGGAGUGAACCAUCUAUUUGUAAAAUUAUAGCAUUUAUACCAUAUUUUAUUUUAUUGUUUAAAUCACUAACUCCCUAAAAAAAAGAGAGAGAGAGAGAGAAACCUCACUAAUUUACAGAAAGAGAUCACUUUGAUAAUGUGUUAUGGUCGCCUGUGCUGAAACUUUUGGAGUUGUUUUAAUCAUUUCUGUGCUCAGGGAUUUGUUUAAAUGUAGUUGACUGCUGCACUACAAGAGAAUUAAUCAGCGGUAUGACAAUGUUAUGCACCAACAAAUAUUCAAUUAAAGUCUUUAAAG